AUGGUGCAGAUAAUUAAAGACAUGAAAGAAUUGAAAGCAUUGCUGAAAACCGCUGGACAGAAACUUGUGGUGGUAGAAUUUUCAGCAAAAUGGUGUGGCCCCUGCAAAAACAUUGGUCCUAUUUUCCAGGCAAUGUCUUCACAAUAUCAAAAUGUCAUGUUUGCUAAUGUGGACGUGGACUCCUCUAAGGAGUUGACUGAACUUUGUCACAUCAAAGUGGUACCCACAUUUCAGAUGUUCAAGCAAACCCAGAAGGUGUCUCUAUUCUCAAGAUUCAAAAGAACAAUUUGCUGUCUGAGAAGUGAAAUCGAGCUCAAGGAGAUUUUUGAAUUUUAUGGAGCUGAUGUUAAAAAACUGGAAGAGAAGAUUCAAGAACUAAUGUAA